AUGGCCCCAUACUUUCCAGCCAGCAGGUACAGUGAGUUCCAAAAUACUUAUAAGAUCUUUGGUGUGAGCAACAUCCAAAAGAUCAUGGCCAUGGCUGCACCUGAUCAAAGACAGGCAGCUGCUGAAGCAUUCUCACGAAGGGAAUGCGAGGAAAAAUGA